AUGCGUCUGUCAUCAACAAUCCUCCUCCUGCCAGCACUGGCUGCGGCGCAAGAUCAGGUCCCGCUCAAGGCGCAGGUUCAAGGCUGGUUCGAUAAAGUUAAAUCCCUCCUCCCCACCGCUACCCCUGUCGUGAGCUCCGCUGCCGAAUCUGCUGUCACAGCUGCCACCGGUGCCGGUGCGGGCUCCAAGGGCGCUGCGGCUAAGAUCGUCAACAAGGAGGUUACCUUCCUCACUCUCGGGAAUUGGGAAUCAUUACUGGCUCCCAAGGAUGAUGGCCCGGCUCGCGAGUGGUUGAUUUACGUCACCGGUGGGAAUAGAACGUGCGCCGGGCAGUGUAAGCAGGCGGAUAAGGCUUGGGAGGACACCAUCCCACUCUUCUCCGCCGACCAGACCUCCCCAUCCCUCGCGAAGCUGAACUGCGAAAAGCAGGGCCUCCUCUGCUCCAUCUUAUCCGCCGGGGCGCCCGCCCGUCUUGCAUUGGCAGGUCCCCGCGCGCGAACCGGGACAGCCGAAACCAAACACCGACGUCCACUUCGUCCGCAUGAACGCGACGACCGUUGA